AUAAGGAAACAUUGUAUCUCUUUAUAAGGAGGGAAGUAGUUCCUCGGUUGUAAUAUUACUCCGAUGUAGCAAACGCUGUUUUAAAAAGAGAUGUUUAUAUGCGUUUCUGAUCCAUAAAGAGAUAAACGGUGUGGUAUUGAUGAGGUGCGAUGAGCAUAUAAAUAUCGACGGGCCUACAGCGGCGUUAUUUUCGGUUUACAAUGCGGACUACGCGACAUGGCGGAGCAACAUCGAGGGCGCUCUGCGCGUUUUCCUUUUUGAGAAAGUGUUCAGAGUUUUGGAAAUAGAGGAGGAGGGUGAGCUAAACUGAGCCGGGUUUGAAGGGUCUUGAAAGCAGCAUCACUUUCCGAAGUUUGUCUCGGUAAUUUCCUGGCGUUUCCAAACAGUCAUUUAGCCUGCUUUGUUUACAUUUUGUAGCCCGGUCGUGUAUGCGUUUUAUCAGUAACUUACGACACAGCGCGCUCCAGCUUUUUGGCUGGUAUUUAGUGACUCUGUCAACUUAAUAGGAUGUUGCCAAGCCAGGCUGGAUCGGCACCAUCUGGAAACGGGUCAGCUAUAGCCAGGGGUACCACAGGACACAGUUCGGGGGUUGCCGGCAGCGGGAUCCGUCCCGUUUUGGUCAGAGCAGGGCAAGCUUUACCGGGGGUCAGCGAGAGCGCUGGUGCUGCCGGGCGGCAGGGGGACAGAGACGCCGUCGGGAUGCUUGGGGCUAAUGGUCCAGGGGGUCCGCGGGGUGCGAGACCGGGGAACGGGACGGGAGUGACCCCUUUGCAUACCGCUGUCCAGGGCAGCAUGGUGGGGUUAAACACGGGAGUGGUAUUGGCUCAUGGAGCCCGGUUCGACCCGGACAGAGAGACUGCUCCUCUGUGCAGCGGCUCGGAUAAUGACUCGGACUCCGGAGAUGAUGAUGACCCAGUGGGUUCACUCGGGGACAGCAGGAGAGGGGUGAAACGGGAGAGAGGGGAGAUGGAAGCUGCGGUGACUGGGCAGGAGGUGGGACUACCUCCCGGAGGUUACGGCAUGGUGCCCGGAGGGGUCGCCGGGGCAAAGCCGGGAAAGAAGACACGUGGGCGCGUAAAGAUAAAGAUGGAGUUUAUUGACAACAAGUUGAGACGGUACACCACUUUUAGCAAGAGGAAGACGGGCAUAAUGAAAAAGGCCUAUGAACUCUCCACCCUGACAGGAACCCAGGUUCUGUUGCUUGUGGCCAGCGAAACAGGUCACGUCUACACAUUUGCCACUCGCAAACUCCAGCCCAUGAUCACCAGUGAAACGGGCAAAGCUCUGAUUCAGACAUGUCUCAACUCACCGGACUCGCCGCCACGCUCUGACCCCUCCAUGGACCAGCGCAUGAGUGCCACAGGCUUUGAGGAAACGGACCUCACCUACCAGGUGUCUGAGUCAGAGAGCAUAGGUGACACAAAGGAAACGCUCAAGCCGACGUUCACGGUAGCCAGUCUGCCAGGCACUCCCAGCAGUGCCCAGUCCACAGUACCCACCACCUCCACCACCAUGCAGGUGAGCAGUGGACCUUCAUUUCCCAUCACCAACUACCUGGCACCCAUCUCAGCGAGCAGCAACAUCAGCGCCAACGGUACUGUCCUCAAGACGGCCGGCAGCUCCACAGGGGUCAUGCAGCUGCCCAGUGGCUUCACUUUCAUGCCUGCAGGCACUCCUCUCCCCCCUGGCACCCCCACCAUUCCUCUGAGCCAGCUGCAGCAGCACUCCCUGGCCCUCCAGGGGCAGCACGGUCAGGCUCUGGCCGCCGCCUCACAGCCACAGCAGGCACAGCAGGCUGUCUUCCGCUUCCCUGCUGCUGUCUCCCUCACAGGAGCGGGGGUUCCCCAGCAGCUCCAGGCAAUCCAGGUCCACCCCAACACCCAGUCCUCCUCCAACGACAGCAGCCCCGAGAUCUCCCACACCUCGACAAACUCCACAGCAACUAUCGUCACCUCGUCCGUGCCAACAUCUGUGGCGGGUCACAUGAUGUACCCAAGUCCCCACACAGUGAUGUACACCUCCACGCCGGCGCUGGCUGACGGGGGGCUGGCUGUGCUCAACGCCUUCUCCCAGGGCACCUCAGCCAUGCAGGUGUCUCACGCUCAGGCCCAAGACACAGGUGCUGUCCCUCAGGUGUUCCUCACAGCACCUCCAGGCACGGUGCAGAUCCCCAUCCCAGCAGUGCAGCUACACCCAGUACGGCAAGAUCUGCAUUUUACAAAUGGUGAUUGGGCAGCAGUCGAGUGGCAGCAGCAGUAACUUGACGGAGCUCCAGGUGGUCAACCUGGACGCAGCGCACACCUCAAAGAGUGACUGACAGCUGGAGCUGUAUAUAACAUGGUAGACCCAAGGACAGAGACUGACUGAUAUCACUAUUUAUUGAUGCCUUCCUAGAGUUUCAUAACACACUUCUGAAUGUGACUUUAAAGUACAUAUACACACAAACAAGGGCAUAUGUGUGGCUGACCCUUAUACAGUAUGUUUUAGUAUAUGAUUAUAAAUGCAUAGGAAGUAUCACUACAUUCUUCAUCAGAACCUAUUUUCUAUGCUGUUAGAUGGUGUUAUUUUUUUGUGUGCACGUGCUUUUUGAAGAUGUGUAAUUAAAUGUACACACGCACUGCAAGGUGCCACAGCUUCACACCAGCCAAAGAGACAUUUGUUUGUCUGAAUGUUCCAGUGUGAGCAGUUUGUGCACAAGCCUGUGUCGGUGCACAAUUUGGGGUUUGUAAAUGGGCUUUAUUGACUUAAAAAUUGAAAAUGUACAUAGUUUUUUUUUUAAAAAAUUGGUAACUUGUAUUUUUAGCCUGGUUUAGUUUGUGCAACAGCAUGUAGUUUUUUAUGUAGUGAUUUUGUAUGUACAUGAAAACGAUUUGCAUAAACAAUUUACAUGUAUAUGUAAAUUAAUUUAAUAUCCCAUCAUGUGUUGAUAUACUGUCAUGCCGUUGGGAGUUCUCACUACAAGAUGGAGAAAGAACGCUGGAUGUUUUUCUACAUUUUUUGAUUGUGCUAUUUGAAGGACUCCUGUCAGACAGCAUCAAGUAGCUGGGUCGGGAACUUUAAGAUUUUUAUGAUUUACUUUAAACGUAUUCUUUGCUUUAGCUGGGAAGAUUUAACACAGCUAAUGGUGUGAUCAUUUUGCAUGUGAGGCUUCCUCAUUCAGCUCUGAUCAGGCACUGAGUGUUGAAAUGGUUAAAACUAUGUUCUCUGUGUUCACCCACAGAAUUCGAACCUUUCUGAAACUUAACUGUCACACAGUUAACCUAAAGAUUAUAUUUAAAGUGACACAGACCAGAUUUGAUCACUUAUUUUGAAAUGUGUGACUUGUUUCUCUGGGUACAAACCAGAGUGAUUAACAGGCUUUCAUGAUAUCGGAUACGUUGUCUGAUUUGUUUCGGUAGCGAUCCGUUGUAAACCUGUCACUCUGAUCGGCCUUUGCACUGCAGAAUGUUAAUUAUGUGAUGCUGUUAACAGACCUGAGUCACAUCUCAUGUAUAAUAAGACACUGUAUGGACUUGGCAAUUCCACUAUAAGACUGCAUUCAAAAGCAUUCGUGUUUCCUUGUAUAGAAGCGCCUGGCGUUAUUCAGUGAAGUCUGAAUGCUGUAGUGUUAUAACAAUUACUAUGAAUAUUUUUGUAAGAAUAAGGAUGUUUUAUGGCGGGAGCGUCUUCAGGUCCUGUAAAAUGUUAAUAUACCUGAGCUGACUACACGUUCAGUAUGCACCUCAGCAAUCAUUAAGAAUGAGAAAGCAUUAUUAGUCAGCCUUCUUUCUGCACCAUAGUGCCUCUUCUCCAUGGCUGAUGUCUAAAUCAUAGCAAGUUGAAGGGAAAUGGGGGAUUUACUUAGGACUCCAGACUAGCUCACCUGACUUCGGACCUGACAUACAAUCCUUUGCGGUGCCUGGGGAGUGAGAUUUUUGACUCAUUUCUAGAGAAUUAGCUGGAUGACUGAGCAUGGCAGGUCUGAAGCCAAAGAGAAUCUGACAAAGGAUCAAGCACCCACACUCUUUGCUGUUUAGUUAUUCACUGGUUAGAGAGGUCAUUUUCACGCUCGCUGUUCUCCGGUCUGUUCCUGUACAUGCUGUCAUGUCAUCCUGCAGGCUUGUCUGCAGAAGACUAGUACAAGUUAAAGACAUAACUCACCCAUAUUAUUUGGUGGUUAUAGUGAGGGUUAUUCAGAAGUAUCAUUUUUAAAUGAGAUUAUUGAACAGUCUGUGGUUUUCACCUUGUCACUGAAAGAAAUUGUGUAUUUUUGUUGUACAGACAUUUUAUAAUAAAAACAGUGAACUGCUCAAAGAAUGACCACAUCUCCCGCUGAAGAACUUUUUUAAUAGGGCCAUAGCAGGUUAAAACUAUACUGUCCUGAAUGAAACCUAACAUCUCUAUAACAGCAGUGAUGAACAGAAGAUGGCUGAUGAGGAAUAAAUGAACCAUAAAUGCUCCUGAGUCCACAAGAGACUUGAAGCGAUGGCUUCUGAUUUCUCUAAGAAGCACUGGGAGGCAGGAGGAGCGAGCAUGCACCUUACCUUAAUGUUUCAAUUAUCCAUUGCACAAUCACAGAAUCAAACUGGCCAUGACUCAGAAGUAAGAGAGAAA